UAAGUUUAAGAAAUGGGAAUAGCCAGAAAAUGUUCAUAUUGUGGAAAAUUAGGUCACAAUUCAAGGACUUGUAAAAGUCCUCUCGGUCACGGAUACCUGAAGCUCUUUGGAGUGCAGCUUGACAUUUCUUCUUCUUCUUCAUCUUCUACUGUUUCCUUUUCUUCACCUUCAUAUUCUGCCAUGACCAACCACUUCUUCUCUUUAUCUCCUUCCUUUCGUGAUCAAAAUCAAAAUUCAGAUGCUUACUUACUCACUGCCAACACCCUCCUAUCGAGAAUUCAAGACACAAAAAAAGGUGUGGCAUGGACAGAGGAAGAACACAGGGUGUUUCUCUUAGGGCUACAGAAGCUGGGGAAGGGAAACUGGAGAGACAUAUCGAAAAGUUUUGUCAAAACAAGAACACCUGUGCAAGUUGCAAGUCAUGCACAGAAGUAUUUUCUCCGACAAUCUCACAAAACAAAACACCCUCGUACCUUGUUCCAGCUCCCUUCCUCUUCAACUUCCACUUCAUCUUCAUCUAAUUGCACUGCUCCGAUGCCACACCCAGAUUUAGAACUCAAACUCGCAACUCCCACGCCAUUGGAGCUAUAUAUAGCAGAUGCAUGAUUUUUCAGUUUCUGUGUCAUAUAUAUUAACUUCUCUAUAUGUGCAAUAUCUACUUUUU